AUGGACACCCACAGACCUCCUCUCUGGGAGGACGGGCCCGUGUGGCAGGACGAUACCGAUGCCGUCACGUGCUUUCUUUGCCACUCCUCUUACAACUUCUUCAACCGUCGCCACCACUGCCGCAAGUGUGGACGGGUAGUAUGUGGAAGCUGCUCCGAACAGGCCGUCAAGUACUUCCCCAACACGGUGAUUGUGGACGCACCAGGUGCCAGGGCCCGUGCCAGCGAGCAUGAGUCGUAUCGGACAUGCGACGAGUGUGCCAGCGAGAUCAGAAUGAUCCGUAGAGCACUCUUUGCGGGGGCGGGAUCCAGUGACGAUGACGACGACGCCCCCGAGCCAGGAUCCAGAGCCAGCAGCGUGGUCAGCUCCGGAUCCUCGGCAGAAGUGGCUGCUUCUCGCAGUCCCUACUCCCACCAGAACGAUAGCACCACCAAGUACUCCACGCGUACAAACACGCUAGUGGUGCAGAGUCUGACGUCGUCGGUGAACGAGCCUCGCAGAACUCCCCGGGACAACGACUCCGACUCCAACUUGUGCCCUGUAUGUGCCAGCGACCUCCUCAAGGUGUACAUCCAAAGCCUUACCAAGUCCACGCGGGUGUUUUCCAAUGAGGACUUCGAGCAGUACAAAGAGUCGCACAUCAACGAGUGCUUGGUGGCCUACGACUUCUCCCACGACGACAACGACCGUUUUGCGUCGCCUCUGGCCCAUCCUCGCAACAAAAUGCUCGUCUACAACAUUCCUCCCAUCCCCAGGCCCCAGUACGAGAGUAUUCCCAGCCAGAUGGGAUCGUCGUCGGUGGUAACCAUUCCCCAAGUGGGUGCUCCCGUUUUUGGCGACUCCUCCGAUGGAAUUGGCUCGGUGACAUCCAAUUCGACCUUGCCUCCCUCGGCAGAGAAGGACGCAGAGCUUGACAACGAGUGCGUCAUCUGUUUGGAAGACUUGAAGCCGGGAGACAAGGUGGCCCGCUUGGAGUGUCUCUGUGUGUUCCACUACAAAUGCAUCAAGUUCUGGUUCAACAAGAAGGGAUACGGCGAAUGUCCGGUUCAUUUCUUACACAAAUAG